UUCAAAAAAGAGAAAAAAACAGACAGCUGUACGACAUGUCGUAUGUAUUGAGAUAACCUUGUAUUAGCACGACCCAACGACGCAAAUAGUCAAAGCAUUUCCGCUGCAGCAGUCGAAUUGAGUUUUGCCGUUGGGCCCUAAGUCACCGACUCACCCUCACACAGUCGCAGGAAAAAUAAGAACAUGCCGUCUCUGCAAACCGCACUGCCUCCUGAGCUCGCGAAUAAUGUGAUCAGACUUUACCGCGAGUGUCUACGAAGAGCUAAAUAUGUUGGUCAUCGGCAACACAAUACGGAACUUGUGGUUGAUAUGGUGCGGCAGCAGUUCAAGAAACAUAUGCUUGAGACAGAUCCAGAGAAGAUUCAAAAGUUGAAGGAUGAUGCCGCAAGGGGACUUAUAAAUCAUAUACUAUUCGAGUCGGAGAGGCUGUCUGGUCGUAAAUUCAGCAGCUCUUGAUGUCAAGGUUUUCAGUUUUCUUUCUGAGGUUCCAGUUUGUUGUAUUGGGUGAAUUUUUGGCAGCAAAAUAAGUGAUACCGUCGAUGUAAGCUUUAAUGCUAUAUUGCCUUUUUAUGAAGUGUGAAUGCUUGGUUUCUUUGGAA